AUGAUGGCUGAGCCAGUGAAGCUCAUCGGUUGCUUCGGCAGCCCGUUCGUGCACCGUGUCGAGGUGGCUCUGAGGCUCAAGGGAGUCCCUUACGAACUCAUCGAAGAAGAUCUCAACAACAAAAGUGACUUGCUGCUGAAUCACAAUCCUUUCCACCAGAAGGUCCCCGUGCUCCUCCAUGGAGACCGUCCGGCCGUUUGCGAGUCCCUCGUCAUCAUUGAGUACGUCGAUGAGGCCUUCAGCGGCCCGUCGCUCCUCCCCUCUGACCCCUACGAAAGGGCUAUGGCCCGCUUCUGGGCCGCCUUCAUGUACGAGGUGAAGUGCUACACAUAUACUUCCACUCUUGCAGGAAUUUCAUAA